GCUUCUAGCGUAUGUAUCGUGUCAUCUUCUUCCUCCUCUUUCCGAGGGGAAGGGAAGGGAUAACUUGACCGACUUCGCCAUUGACAACAAUCUAUCCGCGAUUCAAACAAGAAACAGCAGCAGCGACACCAGCAAUCGACUCCGCGAGAACCAGCAAGGGGGAGGAUGAAAUCCUUCAAGAAGGAAUUCACCCUGGAGGAGAGGGCGAAUGAGUCGGCCGCCAUGAUCGCCAAGUACCCCGGCAGGAUCCCCGUGAUUGUUGAAAGGUUUUCAAGGAGUAAUCUUCCAGAAAUGGAGAAGAGGAAGUACCUGGUUCCUUGUGACAUGCCAGUUGGGCAGUUCAUUUUCAUCCUGCGCUCCAGGUUACAUCUGUCUCCAGGGACGGCGCUUUUCGUGUUUGUGCGCGACACCUUGCCCCAGACGGCUAACCUGAUGGGUAGCGUGUAUGAUUCGUACAAAGAUAAGCAGGAUGGCUUCCUCUACAUGUGUUACAGCAGCGAGAAGACAUUUGGGUGACAUCUGCCUGACUGCAAUUUGGCGUAGUGCACCCAAUCCCAGUGUACAUAUGUGACAUCAAUCUCUUGUUAAAUGUCAAGUGUAGCAGCCUCUGCCGAUCUCUAGUUUAUUUUACUUGCACGUUUCACAUCUGUAUUGCUCCCGGAAAAAAGGAAAAAAAAACUGUAUUGUUGUAUCACCGAAGUAAACUUAUGCCCCUGUGCAUGAUGCUGCUUGCGAAGUCCUUUGGCAAGGAUGGACGUAUAUAUGAAUAGAAGUGUUGAUUGUGAUGACAA